UUCAGAUUGAGACGUUCUGUGUAAGGAUUAGUAUUCUUGGCCGGGUCCGUUCUAUCGUCGUAAUCCUCGUCGCACACCGGUUUAUGCAUGCUGUUUUAUGCAAAGUAUGUUGUUGUGCGAUUGGUGUAUUUGCCGUGUGUAAUUUUGCGCCGUUUCAAUAAGAAAAGUGUGUCGUGAGCUAAAGCAAGUCCCAUCUUCAUCGGUCUUCAGCGGUGGAAACGUACUCCAAACGGGAAAAUAUAAAUACAAAGUGACAUAAUAAUUAUCAUCAUCAACAAGAGCAGCAGCAGCCUCAGCGGUUUGUAGCCAUCGGAGCAUCUUCUUCAAUCUGUUGGUCCAACUCAGCAGGUCUUCACGGGAUUUUAAUCAGCGCGCAUCUUCCAUCGCAACACACUCUCUGCACAGCUGCACCGUAGGCAAAGUACCUAGAUAUUCAAGCCGAAGCCGUUCAUUGAAAGUGAGAGUUCAUCGCGCGUGUCGCGCUUACGUUUAGUGUUGUGGUAAUUGUUGUUGUGGCUGUUGCGCGUUCAGUUCAGGAAGACAUCGGUCAGCCCCCCCGUAGAAGAAGAUGUUCCUACGACGGUCAUCUCUGGCAGUGCUGGUCAUAUUUGGAUACCUGCUAAUUAUAGAUGGUCACGAAGAGAGCGUCGUGCGGUCAAAACGGCGCGGUCGGAAACCACGGGUCUCCGUCGUUUCGCAGAGGGUGGACGAGGAACCGAGCCAAAACCUGGAGAACAGCGACAGCAGCAGCUCCGGGGACGUUUCACCGGUGGUGCCGCCAGGAUUUUUGAGCCCCUCGGUACAGGAGUACCUGGAGCUGGGAAAGUCCAUUCCCGGUCGCCCCGGAACGGACUACCCAAUCCUAGCUGCCGUUCCGUACACGAAUUUCUACUGUGAUGAGCAAGAGUACCCCGGGUUUUUCGCAGACAUGGAAACCAGGUGUCAAGGUUGGCACUACUGCGACAUCGACGGCCGGCAAGCCACGUUCCUCUGUCCGAACGGAACGCAAUUUUCGCAGGCCGUCUUCGUGUGCGACUGGUGGUUCAACGUGCGGUGUGACCUGUCGCCUCGGUUAUACGCCAUCAACGCCCGGCUGUACCAGCGCCCGAAGGUGAACCCCACCAGGAAGCACCGGGUCAUCACCAAGCAGCUGGUCGAGGAUAUCUUCAACAAAUAAUGGAGUUCCAGUGGAUGAAUGGAUGGUGGCGGGCGGAAGGCGUGGUCGGUUGGAUCUCACCGCGAGAUCCAUCCAAGUUCCUCUAAUCUUGGCUGAACAGCAAUGGGGAGCGGAGUUUUGAGUGGAUUUGAGCGAGAAAUGAGUUGGAUGAUAAUGAGAGUUGGGAUUCUUCCCGGAGUGAAUGGGAGAGUGCUUGAGAGAUGAUUCUAACUUUUGUACUCUUGUACUAGUGAAGAGUGUGAUGAAUUUUCAAAAUAUUGACGAGUACCUUGCGUAACAUUUCAAAAGAACCUAAGUAACAGUGAAAAAUUAUCUCCUCUCUCGCUCUCUUUCGAUUAUAACAGUGCAAUACUGAAGCU